GUUGGUGACAGCGGAUGCAGGGAGAUGUGUCUACCUGAAUCUUUUUGACCUUCAGUGGCGAUUGGCCCCCACAGCCGUCUGUCAACAUGCAAGGAUUCUACUCCAAGCUCGACUCCUCCCCCUCCUCAUCCCCGCUGUUGGGCCUGGGCCUGAGGGGCGAAGGGGCCCCUGUCCCCCUCAGCCUGGCUGUGGAGACAGAGAAAGCUCAGGCCCUCCUACAGACUUUCAGCUCCGCCUCCCUGCUGGCGUCUGCAGGACUGGGGAUGUUCUGUGUGGUGGCCGACCACACCCUCCAGAUGUCGGUCAUCCAGAACCACCUGUGGCUGCGCGCCGCCCUGGACAACGCCACACACGGAUUGGUGGGCCUGUGGUCGUGGGCGGUUGUUAUUGGACUGAGGAAAAAGAGUGAUCUGUACGAGGUGCUUCUGGCUGGUCUGCUGGCGUCGAUCAUAGACCUGGAUCACUUCUACAUGGCUGGAUCCCUGUCACUCAAGGCGGCCGUGUCUCUCCCUCAGCGUCCUCCCCUCCACUGCUCCUCUAUCAUCCCCGUGCUCUGUCUCUCCCUCCGCUUCCUCAUGUGGAUCGGACGCCUCAAAGACGCUUGGUGCUCCCUGCCCUGGAUGAUUUUCAUCUCGAUGGCCACGCACCACGUCCGGGAUGCCGUGCGCCACGGGCUGUGGCUGUGUCCCUUCGGUAACACGGCACCGAUCCCCUACUGGCUGUACAUCAGCACCACGGCCACGCUCCCUCACCUGUGUUCGGUGCUCAUGUAUCUGACGGGGACCAGGGAUGUGAUCUCCACCAAACACGGGGUGGCCAUUGACGUUUAGAGGCCACUGACUCACCAGUGUCGUCUGGUGCUGAUCCCGUGUCGAAAGAAAUGUGAGAAACAACUUUUACCUACUUGAAAUCACUGGAGGAUGUUUGUGACUCAAGUUUCGUGGAAAUUGUAUUUGAAAGAUUUUUGCUGGAAAGACAAAUCAAUCUUUUUCUGAUUUAUUUGCUGAAUGAAGAACAGUUGCUAUGAGAUGAAGAAGAAAAAGAUUGGGACAAAUUAGCUUUUCAAAAUCAGGUUUUAAUCACGUUUUUCGUUUUUCUUCAAUAACUGUCUCCGACCUUUAAAGCUUUGACACAUCGUUCAGCAGAGACUUUGUCGAUGGCUGCUCAUUGUCACCAACACGAGGGACUCAAACCUACAAGCGUUCACAUCACAUCUUGUGCCCCGAGCUCUUAAACACCUUCACUACCACGAGCUGCCCUCGUCCUUACUCGAUGAAAAGUCAACCAAAGGUCAACCAAAGGUCAACUACAGGCUGCUGGACACCUGCACGUGGUCAGCAGUGUCACUCUCACCACAUUUACUCCACUGUGCUUUGAAACGUCUUCGUCUGCCAUAGCAGUAAAAGUCAAUAUACUUUAAAAGAACAUUUAAAAACCACCACAAAACAACCACAAUCAUCUGUGACUGAUCGAGCUUUAACAGGAGCCAGUUUCUGCUCCUCUGAGUUGCAGCAGCGGUUCUCAGUGCCAAAUGUUUGUGAUGGACGAUGAUUGUGGAGUUUCUGACCUGGUGCUUACUCCUUGUUUGUUUUUGACUUUACAGCAUCUUGACCUGGAUCUAGCUUUGUUUGAUUUAGCUGGAAAGAGAGGAGGGAGAAUUAUUCCACCUUUUAAGAUGCUCUGUUGAAGAUGCUUUACAUUUCUUUCUUUAUUCUUACGUUGUAAAACAAUUCUUUGUCCACUUUUAAACAGGAAGCUGAUUAAUCAUCAUGUGUAUCUACGGAUUUGGCUCAGUUGCUGCAGCAAAAGUGAAAUUAUGACAAAUUAUUCCUGAAGCUUUUAAGACAAUUUAAAGUUCAACUCGGCAGUAUCUUGUGUAAUUAUUAUAAAUACUAAAGGGAGUAACUUUUACAAUAGUGUGUUCAUUGAAAGUAAUAUCUACAUAUUACAUGUUAACUUGCUGUGUGUGACCUGUUGCUAUUUUCUUCUUAUGCUACUGUUCUUAAAUUAUAAUGUACAGUAGAGUCAACAUGUUGGAAUUCUUAAUUGGCUUUUCAGUGAUGAGGGAUGUCAUUCAUAAAUAUUAUAAAUCACUAAGACACAGCUGAAAUCAUACACACUCUUUUAGAUGUAGACUGCACACACACAUUCUUAAACAGUAGUGUUAAUACUUAGUUUUAGUUAGUACACAACAAUAUGGAAUCCAGUGUAUUUAAUGGGUUUUAGAGGUGUGUACUUUUUGAAUGUACAUGAUUGAAUUAUAAAAUGGCCAAUUCUUUCCAACCUAUACAGAUUAAAAUUUUACAUUGAAUACUUCUCAAAUCUGGGACUAAACAAUUUUCAAUUUCCAUAAGAUUUGUUUUUUUUUUCUUGUGAAGCUGUUGUAGUGAUGCUUUUUGUUGGCUAGGUGGCGGCAGUGAGCUGUAGUGAUUCUCGAUUGAUAUCUCAAUAUAUUUUCUCUCUGUGGAGUUGGGCUCAGAGUCGUGAAAUGAGACAGAAAUGGUAUAUGGGAUUAAGUUAAGAAUAUUUAUUUAUAUAUUUUGUUGUUUGGGUGUUUUAUAGGUUUGCUUUUUUUAUUUUUUCGCACUUUAAUCUUUAUUUUUAUUAUGUUUUCCGACUUAUUUUAAUUAUCGUGUUACAGUGGAAUUAUGCAAACACAGUUCAAAGCAGAAGUUAUUGACGUGAACUAUUUAUAGGUAAUAUUUUCACCAUCUUUAGCUGUGACCUGAACAGGAUGGACAUGGGCGCUGUGUCAUUCACUGUCAAACACAAUCUCAUUCUCUGCUGCUUAUUUUUUACCAUGUGACCUUUAUUGAUGCAAUAUUAUGUUGGAUUUUGCACAUUUUAUGUUAUUUAUUUGUCGUUUGUUUUUUUCCAGUUUUGUUUUUCAUCUGGAGAAAAUGUGAAUAGCUUGAAGAUUUCACGCAGUGUUCUUUUUAUCUCAAUAAAAUCUAUCAUGUA